AUAGCUAGGGGAAGGAAAGUCCUAAGUCAAUUCCACGCUGCCAGCACAAGAGGAGAGGGCGCAGACAAUCAGCUCACACCAAAGCCUACUAAGCCUUUUUACAUAGACUCUCCAACUUUAAGACAGCACAAUGGCAGAAGAAAAGAUCUCCAUAGAAGAUGUAAAGACGUCCAACGGUGAAGCGCACCAGGACGACCCGACCGUCGCCAACGGCUUGGGUGAUCACACGUGGAGCGAGCCGGAGACCACCGGGCAGAAGCUGAAACGCUUCGUCAUGGCCAAUCUGCUGGUCAUCCUGACGGUGUCCGCGGUCAUCGUCGGCGUCUUCAUCGGGCUCGGCGUGCGAAGCGCCGGGUUGAGCCGCACGCAGAUCCUUUACUUCGGAUUCCCCGGCGAGCUCCUCAUCCGCCUGCUCAAGAUGAUCAUCAUCCCUCUGGUGGUCUGCAGUCUGGUGUCAGGGGCUGCCAGCCUCGACCCCAAAGCCCUGGGCAAGCUGGGCGGCUGGGCGAUGCUCUUCUUUCUGGUGACCACUCUGAUCUCGUCUGCCAUCGGCGUUAUUAUGGCGUUCAUCAUACAGCCUGGAUCCAGCGACGGGAAAAAAUUAUCCCAACUCACGCAGGAUGACAGCGGCGUCCCCGAAGCCAAAGAAGUCAUCGAUUCGUUUUUAGACUUGAUAAGAAAUAUUUUCCCAUCUAACCUGGUAUCAGCUGCCUUUCAGUCGUAUGCCACUGGUUACAAGUUUGUAAAGAAUGACACCAACUCGACCAACUUCUCUGUGGAAAAGGUUCCAGUUGGCGCAGAGGUGGAUGGCAUGAACAUCCUGGGUCUCAUUGUUUUUGCUAUGGCAUUUGGUGUGGCCUUGAGGAAGCUUGGGGAGGAAGGAGAGAUCCUUAUCAAGUUCUUCAACUCUUUCAAUGAGGCCACCAUGGUGUUGGUCUCCUGGAUCAUGUGGUAUGCACCACUGGGUAUUAUGUUCCUGGUUGCUGCUAAGAUUGUAGAAAUGGAGGAUGUUGGCUUGCUGUUCGCCAGCCUGGGGAAGUACAUCGCCUGCUGCGUCGUUGGCCAUGCCAUCCACGGUCUUCUUGUCCUCCCACUCAUUUACUUUGUGAUUACAAGGAAGAACCCAUACACUUUCUUGCUGGGGUUGGUCACCGCUUUGGCUACUGCCUUUGGAACGUCCUCUAGCUCCGCCACAUUGCCCCUCAUGAUGAAAUGUGUGGAGGAGAACAACGGUGUGUCCAAGCACAUCAGCCGCUUCAUCCUGCCCAUCGGAGCGACCGUCAACAUGGACGGCGCCGCCUGCUUCCAGUGUGUAGCUGCGGUGUUCAUCGCUCAGCUUAACGGGAUCCCGCUGGACUUCGUCCAGGUCAUCACCAUCCUUGUGACUGCGACGGCCUCUAGCGUGGGAGCUGCUGGGAUCCCUGCUGGAGGGGUGCUGACGCUGGCCAUCAUUUUGGAGUCAGUAGGCCUGCCCACCAACGAUCUGUCCCUCAUCUUGGCUGUGGACUGGCUUGUUGAUCGCACUUGCACCGUCAUCAAUGUUGAAGGCGACGCCUACGGAGCAGGUCUUCUGCAGUAUUUCGUGGAUCGCACUUCCAGUAAAGAGGGGGCGGGGCUAAAUAAGGUGCGCGUGGAGGAAGAAGAUCCCGCCUCCCGGCCAGAAAUUUCUCCGCUCAUCGAAAAACAGGGAAGCCUUGAAUUGGAAGAGGUCGCUGGACCUAAACCCUGUGAAAAGGAAUCCGUCAUGUAGACUUGCACACUAUUUCAACAAACUUUCCUUUUGACCUGUCUGAUCUCAAUAAAUCAAUCUCUGCAUCUACGCAGUGACCAUUGGAGAGAUACAGGUUUAGAUUAAGACAGGAGAAAGACUACAUCCUUUUGACCCUUCUCUAUGCCCUGCUCUUUAUGAAAGGAGUCUGUUAAAACUUAUGCACGUUUAGAUGGAAAAAUACUUGAACAAUUAUUUAUUAGAAGCUGGUCAGACAUUUUGGAUUUUCUCUUUAUACUCUUUUUCUAUGUUUGCUUUACACCCCCCCCCCCCCCCCUUUUUUUUUUUUUUUUAAGAAAACUCAGUCCGGCCUUUUAAAAUAAUCUAUAUUAUUAUGAUCACACAUGCCCUCGUAGUUCUGAUUCUAUGCGAUUGAGUUAAACCUCAUAUUUCUCUCAACACCUCCUAAUAAGCCAAAGCAUCCGCAGAAUCUCUCUGCAUCUUUCAAACACACCAAAUACAUUUUAAGGUGGUUUAAUGGUCCGUUAUGCUGAAAUACCUCAUUCAUGCUGAUUCCCUUUAUGCCACCUAUGGCUCCUCAGAUGUAGGUCCAUCUAAUACCUUCACUAAACUUUCUACUAGAGGAGCCAGAAGACUGGCGUAGAAGGCCUGACUGACAGUUAAGAGACAACAUCUUACAUUCUGCAUCGUCUUUAUGGAGUCACUAUUACAGUUCACGGCGGGCUCUUCGGGGUCAGGUUGCACCCUAAGGUCAGACAGGAAUGUAUGCAUAAUAAUAUAUGGCUCACAUGCAAAGUAAGCCUUGUCUUAAAGCUCCAAGGCUGUUUGGGUCAGAGCCUUGAAGGUGAGCGAGAUCCCUAUGCAGUGGUGAUACGCAAAUAAACAGAUCCGUUUUGAUCCGUUUCAGAAGAAAGCCAUAGAUUAGAGUGUGAAUUCAGACUGGAACUAAGGUUUUAUACAGGUUUUUAUUUUAUUUUUUA